AUGUCUGAAAUUGGAAUUGCUCUUAGUUGCCUAUUACAGGAGUCGCGGCUAAUAAACCUCUUGUACCAUAGAAAUAAGAAUCAACACAAGGGCUCACAUUGGUGGGCAAGUCUGCACAUGUUGAAAUGUACCACUACGCAAGUUAUCAAUGUCCUACAAAAACCAGUAAAAUAUAGGAGGGAUUUGCUUCUGUUGUAUUCACUCCUGCGAAGAUUUUUGAAAACCCGACUGAAAAGAAUUUACUAUGAAUACAACACGCUCAUAUCUCAGGGGCAGUUCAUAACGCUUGGGGUUGUAUUACUAGGCGUCUUAGCUAGGGUAAAUUCCGUUUUUAAAGAGAUUAUGCAGCUUCAUAGCGUGGAAUUUGAAAGAUUUGCAUACAAAUCAAAUCCUAAAAAGGAAGAGGUGCAUGAUGUCGGACGCAAUGUUGAUGAAGAAAUAGGGACACUCAUAGAUGAUAGAAAGGAGGCCCGGCUAUUAACAGCGGAUGCCGAGAGAAUAAGAGGUAUUGACGCCACUGAAGCCACUAAAGAUACUAUUGUAAGUGGAACAAUGGUUACAAGUUUGAAUGUUCGCAAGAAAAAGAAGAAACAAAAGGCUAAACGUUCUGCAAUAGAUGAUAUCUUCGGCUAA